AUGGAGAACUCGGCCAACGCCACGGUGGACACGGUCACGGUCACGGCGGACACGGUGUUCCGGUUCACAGUGCUGGCGCAUGCUUACGGUGUCGUGCUGUUCGCCGGCCUCCCGCUGAACGCCGCUUCGCUGUGGAUCCUCCUACGCCGGCACCGGCUCAAGUCUGCCAGCGCCGUCCUCAUGGUGAACCUGGCGGCGUCGGACCUGCUGCUGGUGCUCUCGUUGCCGCCGCGGGUGGAUUACUACGCCCGCCGCGCCUGGGCCUGGGGACCUGGCGUCUGCACCGUCACCACGUUGCUUUUUCGCAACAACAUCCGCACGAGCUCCGUCUUCAUCGCGUUCAUCAGCGUGGACCGGCUGCUGGCAGUGGUCUUCCCGCUGCGCUCGCGGGCCCUCCGCACCGUGUCCGUCUCCGGGGGAGCGUGCGCGGCCGUUUGGCUCCUGGCCUGCGCGCUCUCGGUCCCUGAGGGCCUCGUCACGUACCGCCAUCUCCCCGACUCGGAUUGCUUCGAGGUCCCCGCAGCUUCGCGCCGGGUGGCCUUCAUCCAGACGGGGCUGGUGGCCACACUCCUGGCGGUCACCGUGGUUUCCACCGGCCUGGUGCUGCGGGCGCUGCGCAUGAGACGGGUCGCCGUCCCCGCCACCAGAGGAGGAGGGAGAAGACGCUCGAAUCCGGCGCUCAUCUUCGUCGUGAACCUGCUGACGUUCGCCGUGUGCUUCGUGCCGUUCUCCGUGGUUCUGCACGGGGUCGGCACCAUCUGGAGUCCCGAGACCUUACAUGCGGUGUUGUGCCUCGCCAGCGUCAACUGCUGCCUGGACCCGCUGAUCUACUACUUCUCUUUGGACGGCUUCUGGGGCGCCGACACCAACACGUGAACUCCGUCCACACUAUGGACA